AUGCGCUUAGGUUAUACACUCGCUUCUCUGUCAUGGCUGGCGCUACCAUUUGCUAAAGCAGCAAAUUCCACGAGCCUACCUACCAUUAAUAUUACCGGUAAUGCCUUUUUCAACUCUGAAACAGGUGAAAGAUUUUACAUUCGAGGCGUUGACUACCAGCCAGGUGGGUCUUCUAACUUAAGUGACCCUCUCGCUGAUGCCACAACAUGUAAGAGAGACGUUGCUGUUUUCAAGGACUUGGGUGUCAACACGAUCAGAGUGUACACAGUCGAUAACUCACAGGAUCACUCAGAUUGUAUGCAAAUGCUCACUGAUGCCAACAUUUACGUUAUUUUGGACGUGAACACUCCUGACAGCUCGAUUUCUAGAUAUGAUCCUGCUUGCUCUUACAACGCAGACUACUUACAAAAUGUGUUUGCAACCGUUGACGCUUUUGCCUCCUAUGAUAAUGUUUUGGGUUUCUUCGCAGGUAACGAAGUCAUCAACAGUGUCAAUACAACCAACACUGCCACAUAUGUCAAGGCUGUUGUCAGAGAUAUGAAGAAGUACAUCAAAGCUAGAGGGUACAGACAGAUCCCUGUGGGUUACUCAGCCGCUGACGUGAGCUCCAACAGACAGCUUGCUGCCGAGUAUUUCAACUGUGGUAGCGACGAUGACGCUAGAAUCGACAUGUUUGGUGUAAAUGACUAUUCUUGGUGCGGUCAGUCCUCUUUCCAGACCUCUGGUUAUGCUACCAAAAUGAAACUUUACGCUAAUUACUCAAUCCCAAUUUUCUUGAGUGAGUUCGGUUGUAACGAGGUCCCAGGCUCCAGACCAUUCACUGAAAUUACUGCGAUUUACUCAGACAGAAUGUCAUCUGUAUUCUCGGGUGGUUUAGUUUACGAAUACUCCAACGAGACCAAUAACUAUGGUCUUGUCCAGAUUGACAACGACACCUCUGUGACUAAAUUGCAAGAUUACUACAACUUACAAAAGGAAUACAGCUCUGUGUCCGAUCCUUCCGGUGAUGGCGGUUACUCUACUACCAACGAUUACUCUUCUUGCCCAAGCUACGAAGAAGGUACUUGGGAAGCCAACAACACCUUACCCGCUAUGCCAAGUGCUGCUUCCGCUUACUUCUCCAGUGGUGCUGGCGAACCUAUGGGAACUAGUUUAUCCACUCAAGAAUUGUGUUACGGAGAUGACACAAAUUCAGACAAUGUCAGCUCUAGUUCUGAAUCCAAAUCUUCAUCUGCCUCCAGCUCUUCUUCUAGCUCUGCCGCGUCAUCUUCUACACUCAGCGCCAGCUCUUCAUCUUCUACAACUGCUAGUAGCACAUCUGCCUCCUCAUCUAAAGCAAAGGAUGGUGCACAUGCAGUUCGCGUUCCUCUAGUGUUCCAGGCUAUCGUUCAUAUCUGGAACUAUGUUCUUUGA